AUGUCUGAGCCUUCGCAGUUCAACGGUCAGGUCAACUCGGUCCUCGGCUCUGCCAAGCAGAUGGUCGGCGGUGCCAUUGAGACUGCCUACUCGGCCGCUGGUGGCUCAUCUGAGCCCUCGUCGUGGACAACCACAGGCAAGAAGCAGCACGCCGAGGGCGAAGCUGAGAUUACCGCUGCUCAGACGCAAAACUACGCCGAAGGCUUCGGUGACCGCCUCGAAGGCAAGAAGGAUGCCAUUGUCGGCGCCGUCACUGGCGACAAAGCCCAGGAGGUUGCUGGCAACGUCCAGCACGACAAGGGCAAGUUCCAGAUGAAGGCCAACGACCCUACUGCGUAA